CCAGCGGGUUUGAUUCCCGGCGAAAUGUGAUCCUGCAUUUGGCCCUUUAAUAGGAAUUAGGGAUAAACCUAGGGAAUGGGGAUCCACGUAAAGGAGGCACUGUCUCCUGACCACUCUCUACGAGCACGAGAGACACGGGGAACCUGAGUUAUACAGGACGAUACUACAGCAUGAAACGUUGACAGAAGAGGAAUAGUAGGAACAGGCUACAGUCAGAAAGUUAAUGAGAAUAGCAGCCGAGAGCCGUGAUGUGAUUUACCGGGCCACUUUACUACGCGAGGAAAGAGCGAGAGAGAGAGACUACAAAAUCACAAGGUCCGGGUCAGUCGGUUACCAGGCGACAGGGUCCAUCUGUCGGGCAGCGGUGCGGUCAACAUGGCAGACGUCUUGGAGAGUGGCAGGGCGGGUGCAGGCUCCGUAGUAGGAGAGGGUAGCGUGGAUUGGCAGAAGCGUUGUGUUGCCCUGGAGAUGCAGCUGCUCAGGUUUCGUCUGCAGGCGGGGAAGAUCCGAGAGCUGCUGGCCGAGAAGAUGCAGGAGUUGGAGCUGAGGGUGACAGAGUCUGACCAACGGGCUGAGAGGGCUAAGAAACAGAUCCAUGUCAUGGAAGAGAAGCUGAAACAUGCCAACGUACAACCCAGUGCCAACGUACAACCCAGUGAAUCAGAGAACUCAGUGUUCAGAAGGUACCAGGACCUGACCAAUCAGGUGCAGGAGAAAGAUGCAGUGAUAAAGAGAUUAGAGGUGCAGCUGGAAAAACAGAUCUUAGUCAGAGCCCAGGAGGCUAAGAUCAUUGAGGAGAAGGCUGCUAAAAUCAAAGACUGGGUUACGUUUAAGCUACGAGAGAUGGAGAUUGAGAACCAGCAGCUGAAAAUGUCCAACCUGAAGCAGGCCGAACAGAUUAUGAUGCUGGAGGACAAACUGCAAGCUCUCCUGGAGAAGCAUUCAUCUCCCCCCCCCCCCCACCUCUCCUUCCACAGACACCCACCAGGUACCCUCCAGCCCUCUGUACCCCUCAUGCUGUCCUGGGACCCCAACUGUCCAGGAGGAGACAGGCUGGGGGAGACAGACAGGUCCAGGGGAUAGGCAGAGCAGCCCUGUAAACCCAGAGGAGACAGAGGAGACACAACAGGCCACGGCACUGUGACAGUAACCCUGCCAGACACUCCCUCUCUGGGUAGCAAGGGCAGGGAGGCUGGCGCUGGACCUGGUAGUCCUGUUCCAACCACUGGAGGCCAGGACCAACCACUUGGUAGCGCUACUCCCAGAGAUCACUCCUCGGACGAGCUCAACAGCAGAUUCCGCUCCCAACGUCUUCACUCUUCCUCCUCUUCCUCUUCCUCCUCCUCAUCUUCCUCUGCCUGUGAAACAACACACGGGGGUCCCAGGACCCCUGAUAUCCCUAUGUCCACCUCCACCCCCAAAAACCCUCUCCUCUGCCGCUCUCCAUCUAACUCCCACCCCUUCCAGACCCGCACCCAGCCCCUGGCACUACCCUCCCAUACUGGGACCAGCAUGACCCUACCCAAGGUGCGGACCCCUCUGACCCCACGAGACAGCAUCCAGCUGCUGAAGAAACACUACAGUCAGCCCCAACCUGGAGGUGUGGACCGGUUGCACCACCUCAACGUCCCCAGUCAGCCCCAACCUGGAGGUGUGGACCGGCUGCACCACCUCAACGUCCCCAGUCAGCCCCAACCUGGAGGUGUGGACCGGCUACACCACCCCAACGUCCCCAGUCAGCCCCAACCUGGAGGUGUGGACCGGCUACACCACCUCAACGUCCCCAGUCAGCCCCAGCCUGGAGGUGUGGACCGGCUGCACCACCUCAACGUCCCCAGUCAGCCCCAGCCUGGAGGUGUGGACCGGCUGCACCACCUCAACGUCCCCAGUCAGCCCCAACCUGGAGGUGUGGACCGGCUGCACCACCUCAACGUCCCCAGUCAGCCCCAGCCUGGAGGUGUGGACCGGCUGCACCACCCCAACGUCCCCAUAGACAUCAUGACUGCUUCCAGCACCCAGAGCCUUGCGUCUCCCUCCACCUGCAGUCACUUCCUGGUGGAGACAGAUAUAGAUGACGGGCUGCCUGACAGUAUGGAGGGAGUGGUAGAGGGGGCAGAGGGUCCUCCCCAGGAAGGAGUGUCAUUUGUUGGGUUGGCUGAGGGUCUGGAACGGCUGGAUCCGGAGGUUCUGAAACCCCCCACCCCGCCUCUUCACCGCUUCCCCUCCUGGGAGAGCCGUAUCUAUGCUGUGGCCAAGUCAGGGAUGACAGUAUCGGAGACGACCACAGGAGCCAGAGGUCCUGGUCCAGGAAAACCACAGUACCCUGCCGCAGGACCAUUCACUCACCUGAUUUACAAGAACAUCACUGUACCCGUGUAUACCACACUGAAAGGGAAAGCCACUCAGAUCAGCAGUGUGCCCCUGCAUGAUGAUGACUCUGGUUCGGAGGAUGACAGUGGCUCUCUGGCCAGCCUCAGGACCUCCACCCUGGGCCCAGAAAGGAAGGGCAGCACCCCCGGGAGCCCCCGUGCCGUCAAGAGGGGUGUGUCCAUGUCAUCCAUUAGCUCUGAAAGUGACUACGCCAUCCCUCCUGAUGCCUACUCCCUGGAAUCUGACUACUCUGAGCCAGAACACAAAGUCCAGAGAACAUCUUCAUACUCCUGCGAGAGCCUGCGAGAGCCUGAGAUGCUGGAGAAGUCAGGCUACCUGCUGAAGAUGGGCAGUCAGGUUAAAGCCUGGAAGAGACGCUGGUUCAUCCUGAGGAAUGGAGAGAUCUUCUACUACAAGUCUCCGAGCGAUGUAAUACGGAAGCCUCAGGGUCAGAUGGAGCUGAACUCUUCCUGUCGUAUCGCCCGUGGAGAAGGAGCACAGACCUUCCAGUUGAUAACAGAGAAGAAGACAUUCUUCCUGACGGCUGACUCUCCCAACAUCUUGGAGGAGUGGAUCAGAGUUCUACAGAACAUCUUCAAAGUCCAAGCCAGCAGCCCCAUCGCCAUGGAGACCACCACCGCCAAACCCACCGUGAGGGGCUGGCUCACUAAGGUGAAGCAUGGCCACUCUAAGCUGGUAUGGUGCUCUCUGGUCAACAAGGUCUUCUAUUAUUACAGGAACCAGGAUGACAAGCUCCCCCUAGGCCAGCUGCGGAUGUGUGAGGCGGUGGUGGAGGAGGUGGACAGGUCAUGUGACUCUGACGAGGACUACGAGGCCGGUGGGCGUGGCUUCUUGUCAUCUCACUGUACCCUAGUGGUCCACCCCAGAGAGCAGAGCCCCACCUACCUGCUCAUAGGGACCAAGCAAGAGAAGGACACCUGGCUGUACCACCUGACAGUCGCGGCAGGCAGCAGUGCCAGCUUCAAGGUGGGCACAGAGUACGAGCAGCUGGUCGGGAACCUCCUAGACGUAGAGGGAGAUCCAGACUCUGCGUUGUGGAGGAGUGAGUCUCUAUGUUUCUGUAAAGACGGCCUGCGCUCCCCUCUCACCACUCUACCCUCUGAAGCUCUGCAGACUGAAGCCCUCAAACUCUUCAAGUCCUGUCAGCUGUUCAUCAACGUACUGGUGGAGUCUCCCUCCAUUGACUACCACAUGUCCCUGGCCCAGAAUGCAUUGCAGGUGUGUCUGACGCACCCAGAGCUCCAGAACGAGAUGUACUGUCAGCUGAUUAAACAGACCAACCGCCGCACACCACACAACUCCUCCCUCACUCAGUGCUGGCAGCUGUUGGCUGUGUGUGUGGCUCUCUUUCUGCCUCAGCAACACUUCCUGUGGUACCUCAGACAGUAUCUGCAGCGUCAUGCAGACCCCAGGAGUGAGGUGGGGAAGUAUGCUGUGUACUGUCAGAGGUCUGUAGAGCGUACCCUGCAGAAUGGAGAGAGAGAGGCAAAACCAUCACGUAUGGAGGUCCUGUCUAUCCUGCUGAGGAACCCUUACCACCACUCACUACCCUUCAGCAUCCCUGUCCACUUUAUGAACAUCACCUAUCAGGUGGUAGGCUUCGAUGGCUCCACCACAGUAGACGAGUUCCUGAGCACCCUGACCCAGAGGGUGGGCAUGAGGAAACCACACCUGUCAGGCUUCGCUCUCUUCACUGACGACCCCUCAGGGAGAGACCUGGAGCACUGCCUGCAGCCCAGCGUCAAAAUCUGUGAUGUCAUCUCCAAGUGGGAACAGGCCCUGAAAGAACUGCAUCCUGGGAAAUACGAGGGCACACGCAUCGUCCGUCUGAUGUACAAGAGCAGGUUGUGUUUCCGGGCCCAGGCUAAAGGAGAGACAGAGCGUGAGCGCCUCCUGCUGACCUACCAGGUGAAUGACGAGGUCCACCAGGGACACUUCCCUGUCAACAAGGAGCUGGCUCUGGAGGUGGCUGCUCUCAUGGCACAGGUGGAGCAUGGGGAUCUGGACCGUCCAGCCCCCUCCUCUGCUAGCUGCAGCUCUCCUCAGCCCAAAACCCAACAAAUCCUCCUACAGGCCCUGGGACGCUUCUACCCCAAGCACUACAAACAAGACUGCAGCAUGGACCAGCUCAGAGAUCUAUCGGAGCGUCUGGCCACUAAGUGGUCAGUCCUGCGCGGCUGCAGUGCCUCAGAGUGUGUCAGAAUCUACCUGACCGUUGCUAGGAAGUGGCCAUUGUUCGGUGCCAAGCUCUUCCAUGCUAAGCCUUUACCCCUGUCGUCUGUAGAGCAGUCCCAGGUCUGGCUAGCUGUCAAUGAGGAUGGACUGUGUGUGCUUGACUAUACCAUGCACCUUCUGGUCACCUACUCCUACCAAUCAGUGAUCACCUUUGGCGGUUGCCGUGACGACCUGAUGGUGGUAGUGAGCCAGACCAAAGAACAGGGUGGAGGGAAGAAGAGUGUGGAAAAACUGGUCUUCGCAUUGCCCAAACCCAAGAUCUUGGAGUUGACUCUGUUGAUGGCCAGCUACAUUAACUACUGGACGCCCAGCCUCCCUGGCCCCCCUAUAGCCCAGCACAAGUCCCCAGGACCUGUUUCCCCUCUGGGGCCCCGCGGGACCAGGACAGGGGCUGCAAAGAUGUGGAACUUAGACAGCAGACACUUCCCCUCCAUGACUUACACCACCAAGGGUCCCACUCUACUGUGAAUAUGUCAAACAACAACAACAGCAGCAACAAUCAACACCCUUGCUCCAGUUUAUCUUCGGGACAAGACGGUUGUGUCCAGUAGGCUCCUUAAAGAAGAAAACAGACUAAAACAUGGAGAAUCUAUACCUGGACCUGGUCAAAUAAUAAAUGUUUGUUUUCCAUUUCAAAACAUUUUUGCAACGGUGUUCUGGACAUGACCCAGGACUGAGAAACGACUACAGGCUGUUGUGGUAAAGAGGACAUUGUUCCACAUAUGUUACAUCACUGACAUUGGCUGUGGUUCUUCUAUGUUAUCCUCAUCCCUUCUAGCCUGAAGUGGAUUCUGUUCCAUAUACACAGGACGUUUCAUUUCUGAAAGAAAAAAACAUUUACCGUGAAGAAAUGGGAGAUGCAAAGAUAUAAUCAUUUGUGGUUCACUUUAUAUGAAGAUGCCGCUCUUCAAAUGUUUGAGUUUUAGUCCGUGCUUAAUUUAGGAAAAAUAUGCUAUUUGAAGGACUAUUUGAAAAACACUUGAGCCUUGAAAUACGACCAAUACACACCCUACUUCUUGACCUUGGCUGUCUGGCCGUUAUCCACACAGCCUCAACUAUUCCCUGCCACUCGUCUCUUCCAGAUACCUGCAUCACAAAUGGUUCCCUUCUCCCUAUAUAGUGCACUACUUUUGACUAGGGCCCAUGAAGAUUAGGGUGCCAUUUCACAUACCCUCUGUCUUUUUUAAAGGGAAAAGAGCUGUUAAUCAAGGAAAGACUAUGAAUUGAUUCUGGCUCUUUGGUACCUAAUAUGGAGCUAGGAAGAAUUACCUGUUCCUUAAACGAUGGAGGCUUGAAGUGGCGUUAACCGGUUUCUGAGGGAAUCUAUUCGACUACAGAGCACUAGUUGUUGCUCACUACCUUCUCCUGACUGGCUUCUGGAGACGCCGUCGCGUUAGAAUGACGCCAUCUGACGGAAGAUACUGCAUUAAACUAGUACAAAAUACUUAGACUUAUACUCUGACAUCAAAUUGUACUUGAUUUUUUCAUCAAGCAAUUGCACAAAAUGUCUGACUUAUAUAUCACAGCAGGCCAGAGCCUGAGGAGGAACAGCCCACUGGGUAAAAACUGGUUGAAUCAAUGUUUCCACUACAUUUUAACCCCAAAAAAUCUACGUGAUGACAUUGAAUUGGAAAACUAAUUGGAUUUGGAAAAAGUCACCAACUUUUAAACUAAAUCAAAUGACAUGGUUGAAUGUUUUUGUCAAUGUCACGGCGAGACGGGACGGUAGUUGACAACUCAACCAAAUGUGAAUCAAAACUAGACGUUGAACUGAUGUCUGUGCCCCGUGGGAGGCAAGGCGCUAUGACUUAUGGUACUGAUGAUGGUAACAUUCUGACCAAGCAAUGUUUUAUAACAAUUUUGACCACAUACUUUUAUUGUGAAGUACAGAGUAACAAUAUUUUUUAAGCUGAUAGAGAAGAAUAGAGAUGGAAUACAAUGUGUCUGUCCGCUGUAUGAGGCUUAGUCUGAGAUGUAUCAACUCAUUUGGUGGCAUGUUCCUACUCCUCCACUUACUACCUGCCUUGACAACCAGGGUUGGGAUCAAUUCCAUUUCAAUUCAGUUAUACUGAAAUUCCCAUGUUAAUUCCAAAUCCAGUUUUCCACAUUGCCUUUCAAUUAGAGAAUUUGAAAUGGGAAUUUCAGUUUACUUCUAGAAUUGACUGAAUUGAAAUGGAAUUAACCUCCAGCCUUUUUGACAACACAGUGGAAUGUACUGUUAAUUCAGCCAGGUAGGACUGAUUUAAAUGGAGAGGUCCAGCCACAUAAGAGUGGACUGGUAUGAUUAGAGCUAUUCAAAUGUUAUUAGUGACUUGAAUUGUUUUGGAUGAAACCACUGUCUUGGUCAUUUAAAUGUUAUUUAUUUAAUUUCCUGAUAUUUUGUUGCUUUUUUGUAUGCUUAAAAUUGUUUGGCAGAACUGUUAAAUGUUGAACUGAAAUGUUCAAAAUGGCCUUGACUUUGUUUGUCUCAAGUAGCUGAAUAAUUGAACUUGACAGUUUUACGUUGUAUGAAAGCUGUAUGAAAGCUGUAUGAAUGCUGUAUGAAUGCUGUAUGAAUGCUGUACGAAUGCUGUAUGAAUGCUGUGUAAAUGCUGUGUGAAUGCUGUAUGAAUGCUGUGUGAAUGCUGUAUGAAAGCUGUAUGAAUGUUGUAUGAAUGCUGUAUGAAAGCGGUCUGAAUGCUGUAUGAAAGCUGUAUGAAUGCUGUGUGAAUGCUAUAUGGAAGCAGUCUGAAUGCUGUAUGAAUGCUUUAUGAAUGCUGUAUGAAAGCGGUCUGAAUGCUGUAUGAAAGCGGUAUGAAAGCUGUAUGAAUUGUGAAAUAGGGAUGUUAACUCAAUGAAACAGAUUAGAGACGAUGUGCUUAGCUGUUAUGAAGUGUUGUGUUUAAAAUGAAAUAAAAAAAAGUGCAUUAUA